AUGUGGAGGACUAAGGGGCCAAAGGUAAGCUUGCAGUGUACCAACCAACAUCCCUAUAACGACACCGCUGCUAUUAACAACGCAAUCAGCAGCGGUGGUCGUUGCGGGGAGGGCUGUUUUUCUUCAACCCUCACACCAGCAGUUGUCUACUUCCCGGCCGGUACCUACUUAACCUCGUACCCGAUUUUCGAUUAUUAUUUUACUGAAAUUAUCGGCAAUCCGAACGAUCUGCCUGUAAUUAAGGCUUCAUCCUCGUUCAGCGGAGGGUGGCUUAUCGAUGGAGAUCCAUACUUUACCCCAGAUCCAAACUGGGUCACAACAGACGUCUUCUACCGACAAAUCGGUCAUUUAGUAGUGGACCUAAGGGACAUCUCAUCAAAUAGUUCAGUUAGCGGUAUUCAUUGGCCCACAGCACAGGCCACAAGUCUUCAAAAUCUCGUUUUUGAAAUGAGCACAGAAUCGGGGACCAAGCAGCAGAGGCUAUUCAUCGAAAGUGGGUCUGGUGGAUAUUUUGGAGAUCUAAUAUUCAACGGGGGAAAUAUCGGAGCUGGUCUGGGUAGCCAGCAAUUCACCACUCGAAACUUGACAUACAAUAAUGCGAAAACCGCUAUUAGCCACUUCUGGAAUUGGGGCUGGACAUAUAAAGAUAUUAAUAUCAAUAAUUGCGAGGCUGGUAUCGAUAUGUCCUCCGGAAAUACCUCUACCCAAGCAGUGGGUUCAAUUACUGUGUUAGACAGUGUUUUCACCAACACCGGCGUUGGUAUCAAGACAUUCCACAGUGCAAGUUCCUUACCAGAAUCUGCAGGGAGUGUUAUUCUGGAAAAUGUAUCCACCCAGAACGAACCCAUUAUUGUCCAAGGAGCUAAUAAUGCGACAUCUCUGGCUGGCAUUGAUGGCACCAUCGCCGGCUGGGGUGAAGGACACAGCUACACACCAGAUGGCCCAAAAGAAAUAGAAGGAAAUAUUACACCGAACACCCGGCCCAACUCUCUCGUUCAAGGAAAUGGUUUCUAUGCGCGAUCUAGGCCCCAGUACCAGUCUUAUAGCUGGUCGUCCUUCUCGAGCGUUCGAAGCGGUGGGGCUACAGGUAACGGAAAAACCGACGAUACAGCUGCCUUGCAGCAGGUGAUCAACGAGGCCACCUCGACUGACAGGAUUGUUUACAUGGACGCGGGUACUUACCUCAUCACUAGUACACUCACAAUUCCUGCUAGUGCCAAGAUUGUGGGAGAAGCAUACCCAGUGAAUAUGGCUGCUGGCAGCUUUUUCCAGGACUCAUCAAACCCUCAGGCUGUUGUCAGGGUUGGAAAUAAAGGCGACAGUGGCCAGGUGGAGUGGUCAGAUGCGACUGUCAGCACACAGGGUGGACAGGCCGGUACCAUCCUGAUUGAAUGGAACCUCGACUCUCCGGCGAACAGUCCGUCAGGCAUGUGGGACGUUCAUACUCGUGUUGGAGGAUUUACCGGCUCGAACCUGCAAACCGAGCAGUGCCUUGAAACCCCCGCUACACAAAUCCCACCCGACGCACCCAAUGCAGCAUGCAUUGCGGCGUACAUGCCGAUGCAUAUCACGCCCGAGGUUAGUGGUUUAUAUAUGGAGAACGUUUGGCCCUGGGGUACCGACCAUGACUUGGACGGAAACGGACAGCAGAUAACGAUUUACAGUGAUCCUGACUUCCACAAGACAUGUGCAGGUAAAACUGGGAAUUGCGCUCUUGGAUGGGGUCUUCGAGUUGUCGAUUCCACCGAUAAACUGGUCUAUGGUGCAGGCCUUUACUCAUUCUUUCAUAACAACGACGCCAGUUGCGCCGCUCAGAGCGCCGCUCAGAACGCCACCACGCCAUGCCAAGAGGCAAUAUUAAGUGUAGAGGGGUCAUCGUCAGCAAUCACCAUCUAUAACUUGAAUACGAUCAGCUCUUCAAGCAUGGCCCAUGCCAAUGGAACGUCUGUUGCUAACCUGACAGACCACUUGAGUGUUUUCAGUGAGGGCAUUGCGCUUUUUCGACAAGCCUAG